AUGGGGAGAGGUCACAUUCUACCUGCAAUAGAUACAGCAAGACUAUUUGCAGCUCAAGGAGCUAAAGUCACCAUAAUAAUAACACCAGCAUAUGCCCAGCUCUUCCAGAAAACUAUAGAGAGAGACCAGUCACUAGGCCAUGACAUCAACUUCCACAUCUUCAAAUUACCCACCUCUGACUUUGGCUUGCCCGAUGGAUGCGAGACUCUCCUCGCUGCCUCUGCCGGCAUUAUCGCUAAACUUUUCAUGGCCUUCGAGAAGCUCCAUGAACCCAUCGAACAACUCCUCCGAGAACGCCGCCCUGAUUGCAUCGUUCUUAUUUUCUUGCUCUAUGUUACAGGUUUGUUUUCUCUGUGUUGUGAAGAGAGCAUUCGACGGUAUGCACCACAUGACAAGGUAAAUUCUGAUACAGAGACAUUUGCUUUGCCGGGUCUCCCCGAUGAUAACAUCAUAUUUACCAAGAAUAAAAUCCCAUACUGGUUUAAGGAGAAAGGAACUGGUUAUGGACAAUUAAUUGACGAGGUUCUAAAGUCUGAGCUAAAAAGCUAUGGGGUUAUAGUUAACAGCUUUUACGAGUUGGAACCAGCUUAUGCUGAGUAUUUCAAGAAUGAGAUGGGCAGAAAGUUAUGUCUCGUAGGACCGGUGUGUCUCUUCAACAAAGCAUUCGAAGAAAAGGCCGAGAGGGGUGCAAAGAACUCCAUUGAUGGAAAUACAAUUUUGAAAUGGCUCGACUCCAAACAACCCAAGUCAGUGCUUUAUGUUUGUUUCGGGAGUCAGGCUAGUAUGGCUCCUGAACAGUUCCUCGAGGUUGCUCAUGGGCUCGAGACUUCUGGUUGUCCAUUCAUUUGGGUGGCCAGAGAUAUGUCAGAGUACGGCCAAGAAGAGAGAGAAAAGAAGGAAGGAGGCGAAAAUCGAGGGAAAAAGCUUCCAGAGGGAUUUGAAGAGAGGAUGACUAAGUCCGGACAAGGGUUGAUAGUAAAGAGUUGGGCACCACAGUUGCUAAUCUUAGAACAUGCCAACAUUGGAGGCUACUUGACACACUGUGGAUGGAACUCGACCAUUGAGGGUAUAGGAGCGGGCGUUCCGAUGAUCACAUGGCCAUUGGUGGCAGAGCAAUUCUUCAAUGAAAGCAUCGUUGUGGAUGUGUUGAAGACCGGGAUUCGAGUGGGGAAUGAGGAAUGGUUGUCGUAUAUUUGGGAACCCAAGGUGACGGUGACUAGGGAGAAAGUGGAGGCAGCGGUGAAGUGGUUGAUGGCUGGUAAUGGUGGUCAUGAAGUGGAGGAGAUGAGAAGGCGAGCAAAGGAGGUGAGCGAGAAGGCUAAGAAAGCUGUAGACCAUGGUGGCUCAUCUAACGCCGAUGCUAUUGCUUUGAUCAAUGAACUUAAAUCUCGUCGUCACAGUGUUUGUGCUAAUUAAUUAUGAUUAUGGAAUAGUGAUAUGUGGUAUCGAUUCAACUCUCUUAUUUUGUAGUUUUCAUAAACAAUAUGAAUCUCAACCACAUGAUUGCUUUUCUGUUUUUGUUUUGUUUUUUGGGGGAGCGGGUGGGGAGAGAAAAUUUGGCCAAAAUCGGAUUCUCGACUCUUGAGUCAUCAAUGAUCGACAUAACUAUUUCGAGCUUCUUCUAAUAUAUGAUGUUUGUAUUAUCAUUAUUGAAUAACGGGUUCAUUAUAAUAAAUUACUUGGAUUUUCCUCAA